AUGUUGACCCGCCUCAGAGCCCGCAGCAGGAGUUUGUUCCACAGCUACAAACACGACAGCCGGACUCAAGCCGUGAAAGAACCGCCUGACUACCUGGACUUCACUGACACCUGUGUCAAGCCCUGGAGCUCCAUGCAGGAUCUGUGCAGAGACAUCUAUGAUCUCUACGCUGAGUAUGAAGAUGAGGAGGUGGAGGAUCGAUUGACGGUGUCUCCAUCCCGCGUGCUGCUGUCUCCAACCAAACACCUCACUCUUAACAUUAAUGUUGGAGGAACGAUCUAUCAUUUGCCUUACAGGUUAGCUGCCAGGUAUCCGAAGACAAGAAUAGGCCGGUUGGCCACGCACACAGACCACAGCAGGAAGUUGGACCUGUGUGACGACUACAUUGUCCAGAGCAACGAGUUCUUCUUUGACCGGGAUCCUAAAAUUUUCCACAACAUAUUCAAUUUCUACAGAACUGGAGUGUUGCACAUUAAAGACGAGCUGUGUCCCCGCAGCUUCCUGGAAGAGAUAAAUUACUGGGGGGUCAGGAUCAAAAACAGUCAGCGUUGCUGCCGCAUCUCCUUUGAAGAGAGGCAGGACGAGCUGAACGAGCAGCUGAAAAUACAGAGACAACUGAUGGCAGAGGUCGAGAUGGAGGAGAACGAGGCGUUAUUUCAUGGCAUGGCCUUCGGGCCGACGCGAAGGAAAAUCUGGAACCUGAUGGAGAAGCCGUUCUCCUCGGUCACUGCCAAGCUGAUGGGGGUCGCCUCCUCCAUCUUUGUGCUGGUCUCGCUUGUUGCCAUGACACUCAACACUGUGGAGGAGAUGCAGUACAAGACAGCUUCAGGCCAGCCCAGCGGCAGAUUCUACGGUGAGUACGUGGAGACGUUCUGCAUCACCUUCUUCACCCUGGAGUACCUGCUGCGCCUGGUGUCCACCCCUGACCUCAGGUGUUUUGGACGCAGCGUGCUGAACACCGUCGACCUGAUUGCCAUCCUGCCACACUACCUGCAGAUAGUCCUGGAGUACUUCGAAGACGAGGACAUCCACCUGCACUCGGGGGACAUUGAGACUGUGGCACGUGUAGGAAAGGUGGGUCAGGUUCUCAGGAUCAUGCGUCUGAUGCGAAUCUUCAGGAUCUUAAAGCUGGCUCGACACUCGACGGGCCUCAGAGCCUUUGGCUUCACACUGAGACAGUGCUACCAGCAGGUGGGAUGUUUACUGCUCUUCAUCGGUAUGGGAAUUUUCAUGUUCUCAGCCAUGGUGUACACCGUGGAGCACGACGUUUACAACACAAACUUCACCUCCAUGCCGCACGCGUGGUGGUGGGCCGCGGUGAGUAUUUCCACUGUGGGGUACGGUGACAUGUUCCCUGAGACCAACCUGGGCCGAAUCUUUGCCUUUGCCUGCAUCUCAUUUGGCAUAAUCCUCAACGGCAUGCCCAUCUCCGUCCUUUACAACAAGUUCUCCGACUACUACUCCAAGCUCAAGUCCCACGAGUACACCGCUGUAACCAAGGCCCGGGGGAAGGUGCAGUUUGCCAGGAGGGCGGCUAAGAAGUUGGCCGAGUGCUGUGAAGAUGUCGUUCAGCCGGGAACAUCCCACCUUCAGUGAGCCAGGCUGUAGUUUUCCAAGUCUACGGUAAAAUAUGUGUGAAGGAUGUAAUCAGGAUGGCAUGUAGACGGAGGGUUGGAACUGGAAAUGAACCUGUGACAUUCUAUACAGGUGAUUAUACCAUUCAGAACCUGGGCAGUCUAUUUCUGACACAGCAGAAAUAGACUGCCCAGGUCAUGUCAGGUUUGAACCCGUAACCCGCUGAGAAAUCUCCAACAGUCUGGGUCUCGGCUAACACACUUUUGAGUUCAGAAUUUCUCUCCAAGGUUUCCUGAAGGAACAGUAAAAGUGGAAACAGACAACUUUUCCCCUCUGACAUUUCAUGAUGUUUGUAUUGUCGAUGCUGACGUUACAAAGGCAACAGCAUCCCUUUCUGUUUUCCUCAAUUAGCAGCUACAACAACACAGGACAAACGUUUGAGUUUAUUCAUCCAUUAGUCUAAGAUGGAGAAAUUGGACGGACAUUGUACCAGGCCUGGCUGGAUCUCAAGGCAGACUUCAUUUUCCAUUCAAAUUCAACCCAUAGUGCAUGUGUGCUAGUGACUUCUGUUGGCAGAGCUGCUAACUUCCACUUUAGCCCCGUAUUCACUUUAAUUCAGCUCUUCUAGACUGUCAAAGUGUUAUCGGCCCAAAUGGAUCAAAUUUUGAUAGCAAAACAAGUUAUUUUGUGGAGGUUUAAAAAAAAAAGAACACAUGUAAGCUUAUGGGAAGUCUUUUUGGAUCGUGUUGUAAUUACGUGGUUUGGCUGCCGUUCCCUCUGACUCCUUUGGAGUGGAUUGAAAAACUAAAUAAAAAUGUCGGUCACUACAUACAUCUUUGCUAAAGCUGUCCCUACUGCCUUCAUUGACCUCUGCUCUUCCUCCAUCCACACUCUAUACAUAAGUCUCUAAAGCUCCUAAGUAAUCCUGGAUUCACUUGGACAGAAAUAAAUCAAAAGUUAACAUCUGGACAAUGGAUAUUAGACCUGUUCUUCUGGCCCAUACAUUUCUCUCUCUCUAAUAAUAAACCUUUUUCUUGUCAUCAUAAAGCUGUGCAGCUUUCAUUGAGUGUGUGUGUAAACAGAGGUACACAGUCCUCACUCCUGAA